AUGGAUACGUUAAGAAAAGCUGAAAGAUCGAGAGGUACGGUUAAGAGGGGCAUUUCUGUUUUGUUUGACAAAGCUAACGCUGAAAUCGAAAAAAUCAAAGAUACUGAAAAUGCGGGCUAUUCUAAAAUGUUAUUGUUUAAGAAUGCAUUAAGUGAAAAAUUUGAAAAAUUGAAGACUUUGGACGAAGCUGUCAUGAACUUUUUAUUAGACAAGGAAGAUUCAGAUUUAGAUGCUGAAGAACAACUAUCCACAGAAUUUAAAAUUAAAACAUUUGACGGCCAACCCUCAAAUUGGCAAACUUUUAUUGAUUCUUUUGAAUGCGCAAUUGACAAAGAUGAUUCUCUGUCACCCAUACAAAAAUUAACCUAUUUCAAAAAUUUGGUGGAAAAGGACGCCGCAUCGACACUAAAGGGUAUAAAGUUAACAAACAAUAAUUACGAAGUCGCGCUAAAUUUACUAAAAGAAAGAUACGGUAACAAACAACUACAAAUUUCUGCACAUAUGCAAAAGCUUAUUUCUUUGGAAGUAAUCAGCGACAUUAAUGAUGUUAAAAAAUUAAGAAUGGUUUAUAAUAAUGUUGAGAGCCAGGUGCGCAGUUUGGAAGCAUUAGGGAUAAAUUCGGACAUGUACGGACCUUUGCUCAUUCCAGUGUUAAUGGCAAAAACACCUACCGAACUUAAUUCAAUGGUCAGUCGAAAAUUUAAUCAAAAUGAAUCACGUGAGAAAACAAAUGUUGUGCCGAAUGUAGAAAAUAAUUCUGAAGGUUUUAGAGGUCGUACACCUGUUUCAAGUGCGGCACUAGUUACCAACUCUUCGUUUAAUCAACAUGGUAAAAACUUUGAUCUUAAAUGUGUAUUUUGUGCGAAGCGCCACCAGUCGUUUGAAUGUAGAAUAAUAACUGAUGUGGAACUAAGGCGUAAUAUAGUCAAGGAGAAAAGGUUGUGUUUCAUUUGCCUACGAUCUGAACACAUGGCAAAAAAUUGUAUGUCAAAAUUCAAAUGUUUUAACUGGCAAAGGCGACAUCACUUUUCUAUUUGUGCGCCAAAAAAGCAAUCUAAAGAUAAUAAAGAAAACGAUGAUAAGGAUAAUCUCGGAUCGACAUAA